AUGAACUCCAUGUACGUGGAAUCGGAGGAAUAUAAAGAUAAUCUUGCUAAGUUGCAAAAGGAUUACGAAGAACUGGAGACAACCUUUAGUAAAGCUAACCAACAGCUCCUAGAAACCGAAAAUCACUUCCUUAACAAGCUUAAAAAAUCAAAAUCACUUUAUGAUCAGCUUAACGCUGAUCUUAGCAAUCAGAAUGCUUCACACGAACGAGAGAUGAACAAUAUGAAAGAGACCAAUCGAAAACUCUCCAUUUCAAUAAAAAAUGAUAAGAAAAAUUACGAGGCGAAACUUGCCGAAAAUCGAGAGAAAAUAAAGCAACUUAAGACUCUAAAUAACAACAUAUCUGAGGAACUAAAAAGUUCUGCAUUGGAGAUGGAAAAAGUAAUGCUACAGAAACAGGAUUUAGAGAGCGAAAUAAGGGAAAUGAAAUCCCAACUUGAUGCCAAUAAUAAAACUUGUGCUGAGCUGAACAUAUCCUUGGAAAGACUCGGAAACGAACAUAAUGAUGCUUUAGAGAAGCUUCACGUCGAGUUGAACAAUCACAAAUUACACUAUGUAGAAUUAGAAAUGAUGAUUGACGAAAGAAACAAACAGUUGGAACAAGUCAAUAAUGAAAUUAAUUGUUUAAAAACAGAAGCUGUAGAAAAAGAUACGGCGCAAAUUUCGCUACAAGUCUAUAUUAAUGAACUUGAGGUGCAGAGGGAGGAGCUAAUCAAGAGCAAUGAUAAAUUGGCAGAGCAAUUAGAAAAACUUAGAUUAAAAGCAGCGGAGGAGAUAAAAACUAUGAAAGAAACCAAUGAGGAAAUUAUUUGGGAGCUCCGAUCUGAUAUAGAUAAGCACAUAAAAGCUGCUGCCGAGGCACUCGAGGAUAAAGAAAAGGUCGAAAAAGAGGGAUUACUACAGAUUUCUCAAAUUCAAAGCAAGCUGGACAAUCUAGAUAGCGAAUGCCAUGAACUAAGGGAUUUGAAGAAGUCCCUGGAGAACGAAAUGGAACUGAAAACUAGGACCUGGCAAGAUCAGGAAGCUUUGCAGCAACAACAGAUUGCUGAGCUUCAUGAUCAAUACAAACUUAAAGUUACAGAAUUAGAAGGCGAAAUACAACGUGAACAUGAGCUAAAUGAAUCUCUGCAAGGAGUCGUCAAAGAAAAGGAUAUUAUAAUCAAUGAUACCCGUAAAAAAUUACGAGACUUUGUUACGGCGAAUAAAGCUCUUACAAAUGAUAUGAAAAUCAUGAAAGGUGAAAUGAAAACGAUUGUUGAAAAUGUUUCCGCUGCCGAGAAAAGAUUUUCAGACGAAAUAAAGUUGAAACAGCAAGAUCUUGAGGAUUUUAAAAAGUCUCUUGAGAAUGAAAUUGAACUCAGAAACAAAAACUGGGAAGAGCAGGAAAUGUUUCUGCAAAAAGAGUUUUCUGAGCUUAAUGAUCAGUACCAAAAUAAAGUAACUGAGUAUGAGAGAGAAGCUCAACUUAAUAUAUCUCUGAAUGAAGUACUUGGUGAAAAAGAUAAACUAAUCAAUGAAAACCAUCAUAAAUUACAAGAUUUGAUUUCUGAGAAAGAAGCUCUAACAAAAGAUAUAGAAAUUAUAAAUGACGACAAGCAGAAAGUCAUUGAUAGUUUCUCGGCAGCAGAG